GCGACGACGGAAUGAGGUGGGGUGAAUAAAUUGUUAAUGAUAUCGGGGAUCGGUGGGAACAACAUGUGUGCAGGAAGAGUUUGGGAUCGAAUAGCUUCACACUGUGGGUUUGGGUUGUUUUGGAAUUUUGGAUCGGGCAUUCGCAAUUUGGAAGUGAACGGUGUCAGAUCGCGAUCGGUGCGUUGCGUGGAGGUGUGAGAAUAGAGCGGAAAUCGAUCGAUACGGAAGUGGAUAUCAGUGAGUGAAGUUUGCGAGUGGGUGUUUCAUGGGAUAUCGCAAGGAUUAUUAACUGUGGGUGAAAGAUGGCCAAUCCUGGAAAACCAGAUCACCAUGGAAACGAUGAUCGAGAUGCUGAGAGUUAUCUCAGAAGGAUUAAGGCGGAAAUCAGAAAGACGAAUAAACCGAUCAUGGAGAAAAAACGAAGAGCACGGAUCAACAACUACCUGAAUGAUCUCAAGGCUCUUCUGCUGGAUGCAAUGAAGAAAGACCCCAUCCGCCAUUCCAAGUUGGAGAAAGCGGACAUUUUGGAUCUAACCGUAAAGCACCUGCAAGAUAUGGAACGACGAAAACUGGCGAUCGCAAUGGCUGUUGAUCCGACCGUAGCUGACAAGUUCAAAAAUGGCUUCAACGAGUGUAUCGAUGAAAUCGACAAAUACCUCAACACCGUUUCCGGUGUGGACAGCGGAAUGAAGCAACGCGUUUCCAAUCACUUGAAAUCCUACUUGAGGUAUCAACGGUUCCCACAAUCGGGAGCAGUUGGUUCGUUUGGAGGUCUAUUCGGAAGGACAACCGACGAAAUCAACAACAACGGUCGGCUGGCAGUGGACGGAAUGCCACUGAUUCCAUCCCUUCUCCCCAGUGGAGAGCUUGCGUUCAUAAUGCCUCACAACAGCACCAGCGGUUUACCCUUCUUCCCCAGACUUCCAACGGGACAAGGAUUACCUUCCCUCAAUUCCGAUCACUUCAAACCGAUCUCUCACGAGAAGCAACCGUACGCCCCCAGUCCACCGCUGAGCCCAGUGUCCGAUCAUGAAAGUGUAAAAGGGGAUCUGAAGACUACACCACGAAUCAAAACAAGGCCCGGUUUGAUGGAAAGUUUGAUGGCCGCGUUUCCAACGCCCCCUACCCCGGAGGAGAGCAGCAGAAUUUCAGCCUUCAAACCGAACCACAAGCUGAUCGACCGGAUACGGCUGCAUCGUGAACCGGAGAAGGAUGAACGAUUGGAUGCGAGGGACGUACAGAGGGCAAAAGUUGAGACCGAGGUGGAGUUCAGCGAGGACGAAAGCGAUCCAGAAGGGGACGAAGAGGAGCAUGGUUCCCACUCUGGUGGGGACAUGUGGAGGCCCUGGUGAAUGGGAACCGUUGGUAGACGAUGUGUUGUGAUGUGGGAUGAUAAACUUGUAUUUCUUCAUGAAACUUGUGAGCUUUAAUACGCGAACGGUGUCUCAACAAAGCAAAGUGGUAGCUUUAAUAGUUUGUAAGAUUGUGACGAUAUAUUUUUAAAAUGGGUUUUUU